UCCGAGUCCAGCCGAGCAGGGGCUGUCGGUCCGGGGCACCGGCGAGGCAGCAGCAGCAGCAGCACGCGGUGGAAUUGCCCUCUGAGCAGUUUGCUCAAACCGACUAUUCGUUCUGACCGCUGGCAUCACCAACCUCCACCUCCAACCCCCAUCAUGAUUGAUGGUCAGCAACACUUUGAAGUUAAAGAAAUUUUAGAUUCUAGAUGCCUUCGCAAUACUCUGCAAUACUUAGUUCGCUGGAAGCAUUUCCCUCAUCCGGAGUGGGUCGCUGCACCAGAUGUGGCUUCUCCUGUCCUAGUGGCCCGUUUCCACUCUGCUUAUCCCACUAAGCCGGGUCCCUAGGUGUAUUUUUGGGGAGGCGGUAUGUCAUGUUCGCCGUUUCAAUGUCUUUGAUACAUCGUAAUGUUUCGCAUGUCAUUAGCUGGAUGCGUGUUUCAUCUUUCUUGGGAGGAUGGGAGUAUUUAUCUUUUGGCUUUGCUCUGGAAUGUAUUUGCAUUAUCUACUGCGUUCAAGGUUACUUUCCCAGGCUAGCAGCUCUGAUGAUUGCUAGCACCUGUGCCGGGCGGGGCUGUUACGAGGGAGGCGGGAUACGUUUGCACCAAGGGUUUAAGUUUGUAUUUGGCGCGCUUUUGCUCAUUCUCAGCUUUCUCUGUAUUUGUCCUAAGUUCCUAAAUAAAUCAGAUUUCAUAUAGCAGCCUCUUGUGAGUCUGAGUAUUUGGGCUGGGGCAAUCAUUACAGUAAGAUGGUAUCUCUCUGAAGUAAUUGUACAAGGGUGCUGAUGCAUAAUUAUUUCUAAUCCUCCCAGAACCUUUCACUGAAGCAUUCAGGGUUAAACAGUGUGUACAUUUCCUUGGAACAAGUUGGAAGUUUGGAUUUCAGGUCCCAUGUCCAAACAAAAUAAAAUCAAUUGUAGGUCAAAGCAGGACUGUCCACAGCAAACUUCAGUGACACAGCAAUUUGUACACAGGGAUAUCAUAACACUGUAGUAUCCUAACCUCUGAUGCAAACUUUCAAAGAAACUUUUUAGGUGAACUAUGACAGAAAAAUUCAGCUCUGCAUAGUUCAGCUUCUAACAUGCGUCAUGUGCUAGUAUAAAUUAAGGAUGUGCGGAGGUAAUUAAAGGAGGUGAAAGUUAAGCAUUUAGCAUGGCUACAGUUUAAAACCUACAAGCUGUUGCAGACUUUAUACUUAUGUGCAGAAUAUGGGAAAUCAGACAAUAUCAAUCUAUUUCCUAAGUAUAAUUGAGAUUUGAUGAAAUGGGGCUCAUGAAAUGCUGUGAUGGAAGGCUACAACUUAUUCAGAAAAGAAUUGAUGUAUUAUAUGUGAAAAUCUAUACCAAAAAAUAAAUGGAGAAAUUUUAAGAAUUGAACUAGUUAUAGUUUCUCAGAUCAUCAAAAAUUUGUAGAUAUGAGGGAUUGGUGCCUCAGCUAACCUUGGCUCCUCUUUAAAAGAGACACACCUGUUUAUCACUUGGAUGGGAGACCACCAGAAAAUCUCAGGACAUUAGGCUAAACUGUAAUUUUUUUUAAAAAUCCCAGAAGGUGGUUCCAAAAUGCUGUCAAAAAACUAAAUGGAUAGGUCAAUGAAUUCACUAGGAGUUGUGCAUGACUCAAUAAACUUUUUAUUUAAUAUGUCUUGGGAGGCCAUCUUCUCCAACCAUGGAAUGCUUGUUAUUUUUCUGACAUGUCUUUCAAGAAUGAAGGACAAAUGAAUGGAUUUACUAAUCAUCAAUUUAUUUAUUUAUUUAUUGGAAGAAUGGUAAUUGAGAAGUGGCAAUGCAUUGCUAGAAUUCAAAUACAAAUAUCAGCAGUUAGAAAAUGAAAUAUGCAAGUUUAGGACUCCAGGUACUUGUCUUGGGCACUGUAAUCAUGAAAAGGUUUCUGGAUAUGUAGAAAAUAAGCAUUUAUCAAUGUAUAUGAUGCUCAAUCCCCCCAAAGGUUCUAAGCAGCUUACAAAUAAUACAAAGGGUUAAAUAAAAACAAUGAAAAAAUAAAAACCGUAAGACAUAACAAAAUUCAAACAGCCACAAAACCUUUAUAAUCACACUAAGGGAAAAAAAUCAUAGUAGCACCAAUCACUGACUGCAAGAUGAGAAUGCACCAUGCUAUCAACUCCCAAAUGCUUUCUGUAACAGCCAGGUCUUGGCAGCUUUCCUAAGUGCCAAUAGGGUUGGUGCUGAUCUGACCUUAGGUAGAGCAUUGGUCCAAAGGAGAGGGCAGCGAGAGGAAAGGCAUUUCUUCAUGGUCCCUGAUGAUAGCAGUCCUUCAAGGAUGGGUGUAUUAGAAUACAAACUCUAGAAACCGCAGCUAGCAUGACCUAUGGAUUGAAGGUGCAAAGGAGGAACAGAGAGUGGCAAUUGCUUUAAUUUCCUGCCUAUGCCUUUCUAAGGGCUCUGGCUGACCAUUAUUGGGUUUGGUCAAGGGUGUGCAGUGACUUUGGUGCCUUAUGCGACCCCCAGAGUUUUUCCAAAGUUGCUCAUGACUUUUGCUUUUUAACAUGACAGAAUAGGACAGUUAUUAAAUGAGGAUGCUCAAAUUAACUGUACAUAAAUUGAACUUAAAUUUAGUUUUUCUUCUGGUUCUAUCCUGCUCAGCUUUUAGAGUGCAUGCAUCUGAAUGCCAUUCAAACACUAAAUGUGGCCACUGACUCUCAGACUAGAAGAUCUUCAAGAGGCAAUUGCAGUCCCAAGAAGAACACGCUUCUUAUCUGAACAUGCUGCCCCUUUUUCUGCUUUCCUGACUGAUAGCUUUGGACGCCACCAUAACUACUUGAGAAUCUCCCUAACUGAGAAAUGCAACCUCAGAUGUCAGUAUUGUAUGCCAGAGGAAGGAGUUCAGCUAACUCCCAAAUCCGAGUUGUUGAGCACCCAGGAAAUCAUCACUCUUGCCAAACUCUUUGUGAAAGAAGGUGUGGACAAGAUCCGUUUGACCGGAGGAGAGCCCCUCAUCCGGCCUGAUGUGGUGGACAUCAUAGCUCAGCUGCGCAAGUUAGAAGGGUUGAAAACCAUCUCUGUCACAACCAAUGGGAUCAAUUUAGCCAGACUCUUACCCCGGCUGAAGGAGGCUGGCCUGGAUGCCAUUAAUAUCAGCUUGGACACAUUGGUGCCAGCUAAAUUUGAAUUCAUUGUCCGUCGAAAAGGAUUCCACAAGGUAAUGGAAGGAAUUCACAAAGCUCUUGACCUUGGAUAUAAUCCUGUUAAGGUGAACUGUGUGGUUAUGAGAGGACUCAAUGAAGAUGAGCUGCUGGAUUUUGUUUCUCUUACAGAAAAGCAGCCCCUGGAUGUGCGCUUUAUAGAAUACAUGCCUUUUGAUGGCAACAAGUGGAACUUCAAGAAAAUGGUGAGCUACAAGGAAAUGCUGGAUACAAUCAAACAAAGAUGGCCAGACUUGAGAAAGUUGCCCUGCGAAGAAGCCUCUAGCACUGCCAAGGCAUAUAAGGUACCGCAUUUUCAGGGGCAAGUCAGCUUCAUCACUUCCAUGUCAGAGCAUUUCUGUGGAUCCUGCAAUCGACUGAGGAUCACAGCUGACGGGAACUUGAAGGUCUGCCUUUUUGGAAGUUCAGAAGUGUCCUUGCGGGAUCACUUACGAUUUAAUGCCUCAGAAGAGGAGUUGAUUCAGAUUAUUGGAGCAGCUGUUGGCAGGAAAAAGAAACAACAUGCAGGGAUGUUCAACAUUUCCCAAAUGAAGAACAGGCCAAUGAUCCUCAUUGAGGCAACAUCAAGGUCAUUCCCACUGCUCCAAGAUGCCCUGCAGGACCAAGCAAAUUUGAAUGAUUGGGGCCUCAGACAAGGCCACUGCCUGACUCUGAAAGAAAGUUUAUCCAAACAGAUGGGGAAAAAGUUUAAAACAAAUUUGUUUACAGGAUUCCAUGCCUUGCCAGGAUCUUGCUCAGCACGACAGCUUGCAUCAAGGAUUCCACAAGCUCAGCUCAGUAGCAACUGCUUUCUCCAGAAAAGUUUGAGCUCCAACUUGAAUGAAAAGUGCCUUUGGACAGGAUCUCCUCUCUCCAAGCAGGCUUCCGGUGUGAUUGGAGACAUUCAUUCUGGGAUGGUAAGCCAAGCCCAGAAGAGUUGGAGAUCUCUUUCUACUUCCAAAUUUUUUGCUGCCUCUGAUUGUUUAACCCACAUUGACCGAGAAGGCCGGGCAUCAAUGGUAGAUAUUGGAGGAAAGCCAGACUCCGAAAGGAUUGCAGUGGCUUGUGCUGUGGUCCGUUUGGGUGUGAAGGCAUUUAAUUUGGUGCAGCAGAACCAAAUAAAAAAAGGUGACGUGCUGGCAGUGGCCCAGAUAGCCGGAAUCCAGGGAGCCAAGCUGACAAGCCAGCUCAUUCCACUGUGCCAUAAUGUCCCACUGAGUCUGGUUGAGGUUGGUCUUACUCUGGAUGCAGAAAAACAUGCCAUUGUCAUUCGGGCUCUGUGCCGCACCCAUGGAAAAACUGGGGUGGAGAUGGAAGCUUUGAUGGCUGCCAGUCUUGCUGCUUUGACAGUGUAUGAUAUGUGCAAAGCAGUGAGCCAUGACAUAAUCAUUGAAGAUGUAAAACUCCUCAGCAAGCAAGGAGGCCAGAGGGGUGACUUUAAGCGAGACUGAUUCCAAACUUAAAGUUUUUAAUCAAGAGAUCAACACAUUAUGCUCUGGGUACAACUUUAGCCACAUCAUCUUCAGAAUUAGGAACCAGGAUUCUGACCGUUAACCCUGAUAAAUCAUAACCUGAGUUAUUUGUCUUGUUUUGGCUGUAUAACAUAGGCUAAGGACUACUCUUUUGCCUGCCUUCUUCCAUGUAGCAACUGGCCUUUUUGCCUGUAGGUUCUAAGUGCUCACACUGCUACAAUUUGUAGUAGUUGCUAAGGGUACUUGAGGUUAGCACUUUAUUCUGAUUUUGUGCAAGGUUACGGUCUUCAGUAUUCACAGUAUUCCAUCUCCUUUCAAUUGCACUAAAGUAUUCACACAGCAGGAUUUCAGCAUGAAUCUCCUGUUUAAGAAUAUUCAGACCCAGAAUUCUCAGAUGAAUUACGAUUUUAAUACCAUAUGGUAUCCUAACACUGGAAAAUAUGAACUGUGAGUCACCUUGAUCACUCCCUAUGUAGACCAAAGAUGAUUUUGAAUAGUGAGAAUAGUUUCAAUUUGUCUUUAAAAAUGGAAGGUAAAUAUUUGUUGGUUGGAAAUAGUUGCAAACUAGUCUCCAUACUGUCAAAAAUAUAGGUUCCCAAUAGUGCUAAGCACAAUUCCUUGCACAAUUAACCUUGUUUUCUGGCAGAAAAUGUAUGUCUUUUUUUUUUGCCUUUGAGUCAGACUUGACUCCUGAUGACUACACAGACUAGUCCAUGCAGUUUUCUAGGCAACAUUUUUGGAAGCGGUUUACCAUUGCUUACUUCCUAGGGCUAGCUAUUACUUAAUUUUCUUCUAAUCUUCCAGAUUAUUUUUUGGAAAUCAUCUUCUUUCAUCUAAAUUAUUUUUCAAAGCUCAUAGACUUCUUUCUGUUCCCUAAGGGGAAAAAAGAUGACAUUUUCUGUAAGAAUACCAAGUACUGAAAUCACCACAAUAACUUUCUACAAACAAUUAUCUAUCCUAUCCAUAGUGACUCAGUGGGCCCCACUGUAUGGAAGGGAAGUGUUCUCAAAACUCCUAUCGGUCUUCGUACCCUGACCCUGCCUCCUGCUCUUGGAAUAGUGGCUUAUUAGUUCCAGCUACCAUCUAUCAUUUAGGAAAGAACUGCAUCUUCCUGCCUAAUCCCAGUGUGUAGGAGAGAGAAGGUUCCUGUCAAUCCUGUCACUUCCUGACAAUCACUAGGUAAAAGUGAAAAAAAAAAUACUGCUCCGUCUUGGAGAGAGAGAGAGUAGAAACAUGUGACUAAGAGUGUCAGCUCUCCUUUGGAGAUAAACCAAUCAUACAAGAUACAGACAAAAUUAAACAUUAUUUUUAAAAAGAAAGACAACAUUGCAGAAAAACGUUUAGCUUUAAAUAUUGAAUACAAGUGAUCUAUGUUGGAAAAGAUAAAUUACAGUUGUUUAUUCGUUUAGUUGCUUCCGACCCAUCGUGACUUCAUGGACCAGCCCACGCCAGAGCUUCCUGUCGGUCGUCAACACCCCCAGCUCCCCCAGGGACGAGUCCGUCACCUCUAGAAUAUCAUCCAUCCACCUUGCCCUUGGUCAGCCCCUCUUCCUUUUGCCUUCCACUCUCCCUAGCAUCAGCAUCUUCUCCAGGGUGUCCUGUCUUCUCAUUAUGUGGCCAAAGUAUUUCACUUGUGCCUUUAAUAUCAUUCCCUCAAGUGAGCAGUCUGGAUUUAUUUCCUGGAGGAUGGACUGGUUUGAUCUUCUUGCAGUCCAAGGCACUCUCAGAAUUUUCCUCCAACCCCACAGUUCCAAAGCAUCGAUCUUCCUUCUCUCAGCCUUCCUUAUGGUCCAGCUCUCGCAGCCAUAUUUUACUACAGGGAAUACCAUUGCUUUAACUAUGCGGUUAUGCGGACCUUUGUUGUCAGUGUGAUGUCUCUGCUCUUAAUUAUUUUAUGGAGAUUUGUCAUUGCUCUUGUCCCAAGGAUUAAACGUCUUCUGAUUUCCUGACUGCAGUCAGCAUCUGCAGUAAUCUUUGACCUAGAAAUACAAAGUCUUUCACUGCUUCUACAUUUUCUCCCUCUAUUUGCCAGUUAUCAAUCAAGCUGGCUGCCAUAAACUUGGAUUUUUGAGGUUUAGCUGCAAGCCAGCUUUUGCACUUUCUUCUUUCACCUUCAUCAUAAGGCUCCUCAGUUCCUCUUUGCUUUCAGCCAUCAAAGUGGUAUCUUCUGCAUAUCUGAGAUUGUUAAUGUUUCCUCCAGCGAUUUUAACUCCAGCCUUGGAUUCCUCAAGCCCAGCAUGUCUCAUGAUGUGUUCUGCAUACAGGUUGAAUAGGUAGGGUGAGAGUAUACAGCCCUGCCGUACUCCUUUCCCAAUUUUAAACCAGUCCGUUGUUCCGUGGUCUGUUCUUACUGUUGCUACUUGGUCGUUAUACAGAUUCUUCAGGAGGCAGACAAGAUGACUUGGUAUCCCCAUACCACUAAGAACUUGCCACAAUUUGUUAUGGUCCACACAGUCAAAGGCUUUAGAAUAGUCAAUAAAACAGAAAUAGAUGUUUUCUGAAACUCCCUGGCUUUUUCCAUGAUCCAGCGGAUAUUGGCAAUUUGGUCCCUAGUUCCUCUGCCUUUUCUAAACCCAGCUUGCACAUCUGGCAAUUCUCGCUCCAUGAAUUGCUGAAGUCUACCUUGCAGGAUCUUGAGCAUUACUUUACUGGCAUGUGAAAUGAGUGCCACUGUUCGAUAGUUUGAACAUUCUUUAGUGUUUCCCUUUUUUGGUAUGGGGAUAUAAGUUGAUUUUUUCCAAUCUGAUGGCCAUUCUUGUGUUUUCCAAAUUUGCUGGCAUAUAGCAUGCAUUACCUUGACAGCAUCAUCUUGCAAGAUUUUGAACAGUUCAGCUGGGAUGCCGUCGUCUCCUGCUGCCUUGUUAUUAGCAAUGCUUCUUAAGGCCCAUUCAACCUCACUCUUCAGGAUGUCUGGCUCUAGCUCACUGACCACACCGUCAAAGCUAUCCCCGAUAUUGUUAUCCUUCCUAUAGAGGUCUUCCGUAUAUUCUUGCCACCUUUUCUUGAUCUCUCCUUCUUCUGAUAGGUCCUUGCCAUCUUUGUUUUUGAUCAUACCCAUUUUGGCCUGGAAUUUGCCUCCAAUGUUUCUAAUUUUCUGGAAGAGGUCUCUUGUCCUUCCUAUUCUAUUGUCUUCUUCCACUUCUGCGCAUUGCUUGUUUAAAAAGAAUUCCUUAUCUCUUCUGGCUAACCUCUGGAAUUUUGCAUUUAAUUGGGCAUAUCUCCCCCUAUCACUGUUGCUUUUUGCUUUCCUUCUUUCUUGGGCUACUUCUAGUGUUUCAGCAGACAGCCAUUUUGCCUUCUUGGUUUUCUCUUUCUUUGGGAUGUAUUUUGUUGCCGCCUCCUGAACAAUGUUGCGAACUUCUGUCCAGAGUUCUUCUGGGACCCUAUCUACUAAGUCCAGUCCCUUAAAUCUAUUCUUCACCUCCACUGCAUAUUCCUUAGGAAUAUUAGUGAGCUCAUAUCCAGCUGAUCUGUGGGUCUUCCCUAAUCUCUUUAGUCUGAUCCUAAAUUGUGCAAGAAGAAGUUUGUGAUUGGAACUACAGUCAGCUCCAGGUCUUGUUUUUACCAACUGUAUAGAUGUCCGCCACCUUUGGCUGCAAAGGAUGUAGUCAAUCUGAUUUCGGUGUUGUCCAUCUGGUGAAGUCCAUGUAUAAAGCCGUCUCUUAGGUUGUUGGAAGAGAGUGUUUGUUAUGCAGAGUGAGGUGUCUUGGCAAAAUUCUAUCAGCCUAUGUCCUGCUUUGUUUUGUUCUCCCAGGCCAUGCUUACCUGUAAUUCCAGGUGUCAUUUGACUGCCCACCUUAGUGUUCCAGUCUCCCGUGAUGAAAAUAACAUCUCUUUUUGGCGUGUUGUCCAGUAGGUGCUGCGAAUCCUCAUAGAACUGCUCUACUUCAGCUUCUUCAGCAUCUGUGGUUGGGGCAUAUAUUUGGAUUACUGUGAUGUUAGAUGGCUUGCCCUGAAUUCGAACUGAGAUCAUUCUAUCAUUUUUUGGAUUGUAUCCAAGCACUGCUUUAGCGGCUCUACUAUUAAUUAUGAAGGCUACUCCAUUUCUUCUGUGGUCCUCUUGUCCACAGUAGUAGAUCUGGUGGUCAUUUGAUGUGAAGUGGCCCAUUCCAGUCCAUUUCAGUUCACUGACGCCCAAAAUGUCUAUCUUUAAUCUUGACAUCUCACUAAUAACCACAUCCAAUUUGCCCUGGCUCAUAGAUCUUACGUUCCAGGUUCCAAUGGCGUGUUGAUCCUUAGAUCAUCGGAUUCGCCGUUCACCACCAGCACCGUCGGCCUCUAGCUGUCUUUUCGGCUUUGAGCUAGCUGCGCCAUCACGUCUGGGGCUAGUUGAACUCAUCCUCUGUUCCUUCCCAGUAGCAUUUUGACCAUCUUCCAACCUGGGGGUCUCAUCUUCCGAUGGUAUACCGACAUAUCUCUGGUUGUACUGAUCCAUUUAGUUUUCAUGGCAAGAAUACUGGGGUGGGUUGCCAUUGCCUUCCUCAGGGAUCGCAUUUAGUCUGACCUCUCUGUCAUGACCUUCCCGUCUUGGGUGGCCCUUCACGGUUUAGCUCAUGGCAUCAUUGAGGUGCUCAAGCUCCAGCACCACAACAAGGUAACAAUCCUUUGCUGAAGUAAAUUACAGAGUUGCUCUAAUACAAAAAUCCAGCAACUACAAAAGAAGGGAAUAAGGAAAGGAUCCAAUGGAACAUAUAAAAGUAAAUGUAUAGAUUCCAGUGGGUAAUAAGAUGGCCUGCUGAAAUAAGGUUAAACUGGUUUUAAAAGGUCAACAGCACAAGUUUCCUGAAAGAUUGGUUUGAAAUGAGAGAGAAAUACAAUAUCCUUAAACUAUGCAGGGACAUAAAAAGGAUUGCAACAUAAAUAAUACAGGUUAAACUUUGCACAGUUAUAAGUAAGCAUUAUUAAACUUUUCUAGAGAAUAGACUGCUUGAAUCAGAUUCCCUUUUUGGAAAUUCCUUUCUUCCAGGAAAUUUCCCUUUAAUUAGAGGCUGGAGGAAAACGUUGGUAGUUCUAUUACCUCCACCUCAGCACAUCAUCUUCCUUUCUUUUUUCCUGGAGUUCUUCCUGCAGUUUUCCCAAAGUACAAAGCCACCACCACCUCCUGGAGCAAAAGGGUCUAGGGCAAAUCUCCCUUUUGCUUAUGUGCAGAAGCUCAUGCCCAAGAGAAAAUGUGCCCUGGGUAUGUCUAAGCCUGAUGGGCAUGAGGGGCUGGGAAACUCUGAAUGUCAGACUUUGAUGCCUUCCUUUUGUAACACAAUAAAUAAAUCACCCACCCACCCAUCCUAAACUUCUGGAUGUUCAAGCCCAUUGUAUCCUUCACAUUCACAUUAACAUUGAAGUGGGUGUAAUUCUUAGUAAGUAAUGCACUGGGAUUGAAACAAGUAGGACAAAGUAUCUUCACUAAGUUUCUUACCACAAGAUGCAUUUUUAUUUUCUAGUCCAUUUUUUCCUGCCUAGGAAACUUUCAGGUGCAAGAGCCUUUAGAGACUAACCAAAGUAUUUUAAUUCUGAGCAUUGUUGCUUUAAAACUCAUUAAUAGCAUUUUAAAGGAAAGUGAUAUUUUUUCCUACUCUCCUACAUAUGCUGUGCUUGAGGGUCACUUUUGCUAACACUUCUCCAAGCCCUCCCCCCACUGUAUGUGCUCAGCGUGCAUUUGCAUAGCGAAUAUUCCUUCAAGUAAACAGAAAAAGAACUUACAGCUUUUCUGGACUACAGUAUCUGAAUGAGAGACCAGGGUUGAUAGAAUAUUGAAAAAACAGUGGCACCAAAAGACAGUUCUGCAUAACCCUACUGAAUGUUGGAAUUUCUCAGAUUAAAUGACCCUUAACAUUACAGGUGACUUUCAAGCAGGUUUUUUUUCAUGUAACUUAUAAAUCAAAGGAAGCAGGUGGUGGUCAAUUGUUGUUCGUGCUAUACAGUAAUUUAUUAUCAGGUAUUAAAUCAAAAUCAAAUUUAAAACAAAUCAAAUGCUGCACAUGAGGUGAUACUUGGAACCUAACCAUUUUCAGCCAGAUGUGAUAAAACCUGCUCCGUGCAUGAGCAGCCUGGGCAAAAGCUUGCUUGUUCAUCUGCUCUAAUGCGUUGCACUUCAAUCAAGUCCAAAAGACGAUCACAAAGAAACAGGGUCUACGUUUUACUUACUGUGCUUAAAAGAUAAUAAUUAGAAAGCGACUCCUUUCCAUGUUUUUUUAUAAAUCGGAAUAAUUAUCACAAUUCCCCACUCUUGGAAUUGAGGGGAAUGCUUUAUAAAGGUAAAUAGGCCCAGAGUGGCAUCCACCACUCUAUCCUGGUCUUCAUUGCUUCGGCUGGGAUAAAAAUCAGUGCCUGGUGCUUGGUCGAGGGUAGAAGGUGUAUGGGAGAAUUCUCCCACUGGUAAUGUGGCUUAGUAACUGUCAUAUAAACAAAUCCAAGGGCGGACUGCUCUGUCUGCUCUAAAGAGAUGGGGUUCUCUCCAGUACACCAAAAGUGCAUAGCACCUUUGCUAUGUUAAUGUGAAUGUGAAGGAUACAAUGGGAUUUCCAGGAGGAAAUCCAGAAUGUAACAACUUUGAAUUACCUUUAAAUAGGUUUCAUAUUUGGAAGCAUAGUUGCCUGUUGCCUUUUUUUUUCUUAAUAAAUCUAAUCCAAGGUCAGAGAAAAUUUUACCUUCACUGUUCAUCUCCAGUGCUGAUUGCCACUGGAGAGAUUGGAUAGUACAGGUAGUCCUCAAGUUAUGACCAUUUUGCAUCAGGAGAACGGAGUAUGCUGUUUGGAGUACAGCACAAACAGCCUCAGGAAGAAGGCCUGGCAUGGCCAGCAGCUGCCUCGUGUAGGGCCAGGCCAGGCGCACCUUGUUAGCAGUGGGAGGAAGACAGCUAAGGUCAGCUGGGGUGGCACUCCUUGGCGGUCGCAGCCCUGGGGCUGAAGUUGAGGCCUGAGGGCAAUGGCAGCCAGCUGAGACUGCUAAAGGCCCUGGGCCUACUUCAGCCCCAGCACCACCAUUGCUGCUGAAGAGUACCACUGUGCAGGGCAGCCAAAAGGGCAGAGAUGGAGGGGAGGUAGGUGGGUGGAGUUCAAGAGGAGGCAGUCCCUUACCAAGGUUCAGGGCUGGGAGAGACCAAGCUGGGAAUGGCUUGUAUUGGGGUGGAUCCCCACCUAAUGAUCGGUGAGAUUCGGUUAACAGUGGCAACAGAGAGUGCUGGGAUUGCCAUUGCUAAGCAAUGCGGUCACAUGAAGUUUUGCCUAAUGACUGCAUUGCUUAGUGAUGAAAAUUCCAGUCCCAAUUACUGUUGUAACUCGAGGACUACCUAUAAUACGCUGUGUCAGCCUUCCCAGAUAGACCAGACAGGAAACACAACCAGAUGAGCUAAUUCUACUUUACUGUAAAGCUACAUUAACAGAAUCUUGCAAGUGUCAAAGUACAAAUCUCCUGACAUCUCUUUUACAGCCUGAUAAGUUAGGGAGGUUCCUUUCUGAGUUUCUUUCUCUGCCCAUUAUGCAGCUGCAGGCUAUGCCCUUUCCAAUCUGUUCAUUCCUUACACAGCAUGUCUUCCUCCUGUCUCCCAAGGUCAUUCCCACAUAUCAUUACACAAUGUCAGAAGUUUUUAAAUGGAGCCAAUUAGUUGACAGUUCGGCAGCAAUCUCAAGAUUGAGAGUUGGCUCCCCAUCCUGCUCUUUGGCAUAUAAUUUAGAAACAUGGUCUUUCUAUACAGCUGUGAAGAUGGGACAGUCUUGACGUGUCUAAUCUCAUGGAAAGACCAUCUGGUGAGCAUUCACCAGAGUAAGGAAGGAUUCUCUCUACAACAGAAAUUAAUCCCAAAUGCAUUGGUUGCCUUGUUUCUGAUUAUUAAAAGGUUUAUAAGAUUUCUUUUGCUGCAGCAACUCAGAUGUCAUGAUGGACAUUGGUUCAGUUCAAUUUGAUAUUUCUGAAAGGCCUUAAAAAAGCCCCCCCCCCUUUUUUUUUUUCUAUUUCAGAAAUCAUAGUCAAACGGUUGGUUAUGUCUUCACACACACUUCUGUCAGUUUCUUGAUUUGGAAGUCAUCAACAGAGGACAUAGGUGGGGGAGAACCAUUUAAAAUGAACAUAUUCUAGUCCGAAAUGACACCUCUUCCUGGUUUCCUUCCCUUUUGAUUUUUAGAGUGUAUUGCAAAUGCCUUACAAAAGAAAGCAAACUUUAGGGAAGAAUGCCCCAAGUUUGGGAAAAAGAAUGAAAAAGGUACAGCCCAUGGGGACUGGAAAUAGGGGAAAAGUUUGCAGGAUGCAGUUUGCUUUUUCUUGCACCUAGACUUUUCAAGCUAUUUCCAAAUAAAAACAGUUACAAUAGGUGUCCCCCUCUCCGCAAUAGUUCAUGUAGUUCAUAUUUACACCAAACAGCAUUCCAGGAUUAAAUUCUCCUUAAGUUUAUCUGUUCUAAUGUGUGUAAAUAUAAAAUCAGUUACGUUACUUAGUAAGAGCAACAGUUCAAGUUUAUUCUUGACAAGAGGGCCUUAAUCUCACGCUGAUUGCUGUGGUUGCCCCUUGUUUCUUCAACUGCAGGGGUUAGUUACAUGACGCCAUUUGAUGGAGCCUCCUGACCACCAACAGACUUUUUUGUAAAUGAACAUAAUUUGAGAGAUGCAUGUGCUUCUGUGAUAUCUCACAAUAUUUUGGUUAGUUAAAAUACUUUGUUUUAAAAUUAAUAUUCAUAUUUUGGCCCUUAGGACAUCAUAUAAAAUGGUUCCUGCAACCUCAAAAGAUUGCUGACCCCAGCUGUUGAUGUCUCUUUACAGUUGCUCCUUUUAAUGCAUGUUUCUGUGCAUCUGGGUAAUUUUCGCUGUAAGAUUUUAGCUUUAAUCUGAAUGUGACCGUGAUUUUUUUUAAUUUGUUCAAAUUUCAGUUCUGUGUGAGCACAGAAAACAAAAUGGUUAUAGGCAAAGACCCAAUGUAUAUUCCAUGUUAUUCCAUCUGUCUUUAUGAAUUGAAUGAAGCAAGUGAUGAUUUGCCCUUAUCACAGAAGUGAAAUGAAUCAUUGCUGCUUCACGCUCCAUUUUUCCUACAUGUUCUGUAUAUGGUGGGAAGUAAUAACCCAUUUUUUCUAUAAGUGCACUUGAUAACAAGCAUAGGGAAAUGUGUAAGUAUGAAGCAGAUCAUUAGAUUUUGGUUCCUUCCUGUGGUGCCAGAGAAUGUCAAGUGUCCUGAGAUCACUGAAUCUUUUAGAAGUCUCUGAUGACAUGAGAAAUUGUUCUGCACACAUUCCUGUGAUAUGAAUGAGAUAAACAAGAAUGCAACUGUUCGAAAGAUGUUUUACAUGGUUCCUCUGCAGCAGUACCAUAUUCCAGCAUUGCAGAAAGAUAGUCUGCCUUAAGAGUGUCCAGGCACUGUUAAAAUCUUAAUACAUUUACCUUGAGUUGCUUGAUUAUUGUACUUUCAGUCAUUAAGUCUGUAAUUCAAGGUAAGCAGCACAGGAGAGUGGAUACUGAAACCAAAAAUGUAUCUUUUCUGGAGUUUGGUUUUUCAUUCAUAAAUGUGGUGACAUAAUGUCUUCUAAAAGGGCUUCAGAAUUAACUUUAUUUUAUUAGAAGAAAGCUCAGAAUUUAAAUUGAUUCCAUAUACAUUGUGUUGGCUUCUGAAAGAUCUGUGCACUAAGUGAUAACAGGGUAUUUAGGCUUGUUUUAAAAAAUUAUAAAUUGCUGGGUGAAUAGAUUAGAUUUCCUUCUUGUGGUUUGGGGAAGGUAGUCCUAAUUCCUAUUUGUCUUGCUUAUUCAAACAGAGUUGUUAAAGAUACAUUUUGAUGUUUUCAUUAAAUGUCGGUAUAAUAAUUCUUGGAUCUACGCACAAACUGGUAUGGUUUCUAGGUAAUGGAAAGUUUAUACAUAUUUGCUGAGGUUGUACUGAGGAUGUUCUAUUUUAAAAAAAAAUAAACAACACUUACAAACA